UUUUGGUUGGGAAUUGCAAAGUUUAAAUUUAAUAUUCAAUCCAAAAAUGAAUCAAACAAGAAGUAGAAAGUACUACAUAUAAAUGUUCUUUAAAAAAUAAAAAAUAAAACAAAAAAGGCAGAAAAGAAAUGAACAAAAAAAAAGAAAAAGGAAAGAGUAAUGAGGUGGUGCUUUCCCUUUUUUUCUUUUUUUUUUUUUGUUACAUAGAAGAAGGCUUAUAAGCCUAUGAUCCCAAAAAGACAGUACGGGGAUGAGCUACGCCCAAUUACAUCAUGAAGAAGCCAAUUGCUAAUCCGGGGGUGCUUUCCCUUUUGUGCUUACCGCAUAGUUUACUUGCAACUUGUUGUCCGCUUAUAAAUGUCCACCUGUAAAGCAAUUAAGCAAACCCACACUCAAUAUCUCAAAUCUGCAGUCAAAAUUUAACCAACAUAUAUACACACGCUCCCAUCACUUCAAUUACGUUCCAGUAAUCCUUCAAUUCUUUAUCAGUUUGAAUAGUUUGAGUCACUUCUUGUCUUCACUUUUGUUUUCUUUUAUACUUUGCUCUUUUUUCCUCCCGAAAUGUCGAGCGCCCGAUUAAUUAUCCCACAAUUUCUACUACUUGUAUUGAUGAUGCUUCCGAUCAUUCCGCUGGUGGAAGGUACUUGCCGGAGCUCCUGUGCCGGUAUUCCGAUUAAGGACGAAUUCGGCGUCGACGACGGAUGCGGCGCUCCCGAGUUCCGCAACAUGCUCGUUUGUUCGUCUACUCGUGCCGGAAAAGGUGGAGAUGGAGAUGACACUUUGUGGUUUGUCACGAUAUCGGGUAAAUACCCAGUCAAAUCAAUCGACUACGUUACAAAAACCAUGAUCAUCUUUUCCAACCCCGAAACCUCGUCCAAGUCCAACCAGACAAGUACUACUUGCACCAACCAUGGCUUCCUAAUGACCGAUCUCCAGUUUUCCGUUAUCCGUCCGUCUCCGGACACCGUUUUCGCCCUUCUCAACUGCUCGGCCAACUCCCCCGUUUUCGAUCCUAGCAAUUCCGUAUGCUUAAAUGAUUACGGAGAACAUUCUUGCUCCGAGAUGUACGGCGCCGCUUGUGCUGAUUCGUUCGAGGGUUUCAAACCCUCCAAGGCCACGUCACUGCCGCCGUGCUGUUUCUCGCGGUUCGAUGUGCUUAGGAAUAUGAGUAGGUUUAAUAUUGUGUCGGGAUGUACACACUUCACCAGCUUCCACGACACCACGGGUCGUGAUUUGAAUGGAAGAGUCGGCCGGCCGGCGGAUUGGUCGUACGGGAUCAAGCUUUCUUACAGCACAAGUAUGCAGACGGAUUGUGAUCGGUGUACGUUGUCCGGCGGGAUCUGUGGUUUUCAGGUCGAGACUUUUGAGAUGACUUGCAUUUGCAGCACAACCCUCAACACCACCACUGAAUGUGGUAAUAUUUUUUUUUAUCAAGUACUUUAAUUUAAUUAUAUAAUAGGGUUUUGGGAUUUGGCAAAGUUUAUCAAAGAUUUUGGGUUGGAGUUUUGAAGAAAAAUCGAUUUUUUAGCAAGGAUUGUUUCAUGUUUGUGUAAUAUAAUGUUUGUUGUAUGAUGUAGUGAAGUGUCAUAAAAAGAGAAACUGUAAAAUUUUUCAAAAUUUAGGCUUCUUACUAAAGUGAGGCAAUCUCACUUUUGUAUAUGAUUUUCAAUUAGUUGCGAAAAACAAAUUCCCGCAGAAAUUAAACAUGAAUCAGUUGGCUCAAGCUCAUAUGUUCCCAAACUUGUUUUUCGAAUGUAACAUUGUCCCUUAAAAUGCAUAAAAUUAUCUCCCUUUAACAUGGGAUCACAAUCAUCAACAAUACAAGUCACCAACAGAAUCUUAUUUAUAAACAUAUAAAGCAGUACAAGUUAGGUUUGUUUUUACUACGUACGUAUCUUUUUGUGGUUUUAUGAAAGUGUGAGAUUAGGGUUUGGUCAUACUGCACAUAUCUAGUCGCAAACACUCCUACUCUCCUAUAUCAAAACUUGAUGAUAAUUUACAAGCUGUUUAAUUUAAUAGCUCACAGGAUUAGUAAUUAAUUUAUAACCAUUUCUUAUUUCCUCUCAAUAAUGAUCCAAUCUCACGUUUUGAUUAUAUAUGCUACAGCUCCUGGAACUGUUCCAUCGAAGUCCCCGUCUGCAGGGAUUAAUGGAACUUCGUUGAUAAAGAUUUUCGGUCCAAUAGUUGGAGUUGUGCUUUUUAUUCUGCUCAUGUUUGUUCCAGGGCCUGGUGGCAACAGACUAUAUUUAUAUUGUUGCAAUUAUGUUGCUUCUGUGUCUAUUGUUGAGGGGAAGGUUUGAUGUUUUUUGCUUCUGUUGCUUCUGCUUCAUUGCUAGCUGGAGUGAUGAUGUUAAUACAUAUGUUUCAAAACAAAAAGAAAAAAGAGAAAAAAAAAUUAUAGUGAAUGUAACAUUUGUGUAGACUGUAGAGCAUUCCAAUUCUGUAAGAUUUCAUAUACUUCUAUUUGAUUGAUGUAGAGGCUUCUUGUGUAUACCCUAGAAAGAAUAUUAUUUUUGUCAAAAAUAAUAUUCAUAUUUGUAAGCAUCUUUGUCCCUCACAUUGCACCCAAAACAAAAAAAAAAAAACACACACACACACACACACACACACUCUCACAAUGUCUACCGGAGGUAGAAAUGUAACUCAUUCUUGCAGUGAUUUUAUGAAUAGGCUUUUGUUUCAGUUUUCGAUUGAUGGUACUGCACUAUUUAUAUUCAUUAUUCAUGUAUCGCGUUGGUAUUUUGAAACAAAGAGAGAUUAUGAGGCAAGGAGAUCUUAAUUCCUAGAUCUCCACUGAUAUUUGUCAUAGUUAUGGAGUAAUUGAGCAAGGGCCUCUUCUUUUCCUCUAUCAUUGUGAAUGCAUGCAAAUGUUUUAAUCUCUGCGUGCAAAGGAGUUGAAUGCAGUAUACACGAUCAGACUUAUAAAUUAAGCAAACAAGCUAGAUGAACUUGCUCACACUAAUGGGUUAUGUGCUAAUGUGAACCAUUUGCAGAUAUUUUAGGAGGUACAAAAAUGAAAUAUGGAUUUCAUGGUCAUUGAGAAGUUGCAGAGAACUGUAGGGUUCGAGAGAGGGCAUUUUGCCUUUUAAAAUAGUUGGGUUUUGCUUAAUCUUUUGCCAAAUGGAUUCAGGCAGAUUGUCCGUCAAUGGUAAACAAGAUAACUGUGAGAACCAAAUAUUUGGCUUCCAGACGAUUUCUUACACUGGAGGACUCCGACUUAUGAACCAAUAUGUAUUGUUAAACCAUAGUUGGGAAGUGUUUUCAUGUUGCCAAAUAGUGUGAUCAUGCUAGGAACCGACCUAUCCAGAGGUCUUUUUGUGGGAUUAAUUUGAGAGAACCGACCUAUCCAGUCGUGUUGCAUGAAAUACUAUUGGCAAUUAAAACUGGAGGAGGAUUAUUUAAGUAUAUGUGAUUUAGUGGUUUGUGGGGUACGUUGGAUUCGCAAGCGGUAUUUCAACAAAGGAAAAAAGGACAGCUGGGGGGAGUUGAAGUCAAAUGUAACUCAAACUGGCACUCGUACGUUCUAUGCUCAUGAAGUUUGGCAAGAGGAGACAGAUCGGUUGAAAUAAACAUUUUUUUUUUCCAGCUCCCCUAUUCAAUAGGAAUGAGCUACAUUAGGAAGUAGAGAAAACCCAGGCAAUUGUUUGCAAGUGUUUCUGCAGUGAUUACCAUGCACAGAAAGGAGCACAAUCUCGUGGAAAUGAAGGUAGGAGGAUGUCAAUGAAUUAACUUGUCACUAGCAUUAAACAUGAGUUGAAAUGUAAAGUGAUACCAUGCUGCAAGUAAAUGCAAUGUAUACUUUUAGAAUUCAGGCAUCUUAAGUGGCCUCACUUUGUUAAGAAUUUUAAUCUCCUCUACGCUCAGUUACUAGACGUUUAUUCACUCAAUCAACACACAUGUCGUACAAUGGAAUAAAUGUAAAUAAUUAAACAAACAACAAGCAUACAACAAAUAACUUAAUGCUAUCUCUCAAUAAAUUUAUAUCCACAUAACGACAACACAAAAAAUAAAAGAAUUUACAAAGUGUGAAUACUCUUAUUAAAUAUACAAUUGUCUCUUUCAUUCGAUUCUACUUUUAUAUUUUAUUCGUAUAUUCUCAGAAGGAGAAGAAUAAUAGAGGAAGAUAUGUGCUUUCUCAAUUCUAUUUCCCUCCCCUUUUCAAGCUCCCCAUUCACUCAACUCGCUUAAAUGGUUCCAUCGUGACUCUUUGACUAGGUUUCGUACAAACAAGAAUAUUUAUAUUAAAACUCUAAACUCACUAUUACAACUUAUAGCAAAGAAAACCUACACUCAUCUAAUGGGUUUGGAAUUUUGAGGAGAAACCCGCCACAGUAUUUAGAUGCUCGAGGCUCAAAAUUAUUCAUUAUAGGCUUAUUAGUGCAGAAGACGUAAUAUAUAAAGGAAAAGUGAUUUACAGAUUAUCCAUUUUCUUAAAUAAUGUAUUUGCCACUUUACCUUAAAAACAAACUAUUCAGGUGAAAUCUGUCAAUAAUUUUGCUUCUAACUUUAGCCCAAUCAAGGCCCAUGUGGUCGAUGGUUAUAAAUGUAAAACAAGCCCAUCACCUGCUCUUUCUUAAUUAUUUAACUUUGAAACUAGGUGGAUCUACAAUUUGCUACAGAUACAGCCCAUCACUGUUAGAACUAAAGUAUGGCUUUUUUUCUUUUGAAAACACUGUCGUAUAUACUAUUAACUUUGAGUCUUUUUCAUCUCGCACAGCUCCACAAACUAGAAUUAGGUUGUGGAAAUGCUUAUAUUAACCCUAAGAACAUAUUUUAUUGUGUCUUUCUCCACUUAAAAACGAGAAAGUAGAAGUGAGGUGAGCUUUCGCUAAACCAAAUGAACCUAAACCAUGGUCAAUUUAAGAGGUAGUUUUGGUAAAUAUUGAUGUCUUUAUUGUAUUCUUACGGUCACAUUUUAAUAAUCCGUUUGUUGUUUAAUUUUGUUUUAAUAAAUUAAUGCUUAGAUUUAUACAGAAGUAAAAAUAGCCUCCGUAACAUCUGCAGAUGUAAUUUAAGGUAUGUGUGGACUAUUGAAAAAGUCAUCUACUAGUGAUCGUGUUUGAUCGUGAAGGUUUAGCUAUAACUUUUACGAAAGUCAACCAAAUUCGCCAAAUUUAUUGUUACACGACACCUCAUUUAAUUACAUUAAAUUAUUUUAUUUUUUUUUGAAAAGGUCAUUAAAUUAUUUGUAAGUUGUACUAUCAAAACGAAUGUAAAAAUGGUCAUGACUCAUGACUAUAGAAUCCAAUGGCCAAGGCUUUAGUUCCAAUCACAAGGUCAACCAAAUUAUACGUACCUGUAUUGGUUGGUUGAUAUAUUGUACACUUUUUGUCUUAAAAAAUAAUGUAUACUUCGUUUAUUCUGAAAUUAUUAUCCAGUUUGAAUUUUCAUUUUUUUAGUUCAAAUUAUGUCGAAAGUGAAAAUCAAAACCGGACAAUAAUUUUUAGACAAAGAGAGUAUUACAAUUUAUAAAUUGUACUAAAAGAAGCACAAUUCACAAAUUAUAAUGCAGACUACUUUUCUGGGACGAAUGGAGCACAUCAUCAUAUGGAUUCUGGACUUGGGUGGAAGAUUAAAAGGAUGUGAUGGGAUAUAUACCAUGAUUCAUGAAGAUAUAUAAAACUGAAAAAAAAAAGAAAAAAAAAACGAAAUAGUAUGUGAUAUUUGAUUGGAAUCAGUAUGGUGCGUUGAUGAAUAGAGGAUAAUCAUAAGGUCAAAGAAACGCAAAAAAUCAUUGCAGGUUCGUCAUGAGUAAAGGAGAAUCUAGCAGCUUUUGAACCUAGAUCGGGAUGGCGGGAUGCCGCUUAGUGAACUUCAUUGAAGUGAUUUUAGCUCACGAAUCCACUGCUAGUGGUACUAAUAGUUGUGUAAACUAAGGGAAAGCCUAAAGUCUGAUGUUAAUAAAAACCGAAAAAAGGUCUUGAAAACAUUCCAAGGCAUGAUUGCCUCGAAUGGUAGGUUUAUGUAGAUGUCUUUACUUACAUGAAACAUUAUCUUAAUUUAUGAAGAUGUAUGAUUAAUCAUGAAUGGCAAUAAACAACAACUAAGAAAGAGAUUACAUGCAUGAGAGAAAACAAUAUCCAAACGUAACGUACCUUAUUUACGCAUGCGAACUGAUGAGAAAUGAUGGCCUGGCCAUAUCUGCUUUUUGGUAAAUCCCAGAGGAGAAGAAGAAGUGCUGAGAAGAGUCAUGGGGAAAGUCAUGAACUUACCUAAAAUCUUUGAUGAGGAAAAUGAGCAAAACUUUCACGAAAGGUGAAUGAAUAUUUUAACUCUCUGGCAGGCCGUUCUGUCUGACUUUUGAAGCUCUGAAAGCUUAUUAUAUGAUUGCUUC